GUGGGGCUGCGUGACCAGGAGGGGCCAGGCUCUCCAGGCCCCACACAGGCAGGAGGCGCCCCAGGGCGCUGCGCUGGGCACCAUGUGUCUGAGAGUCCAGGACGAUGAGCCCGCCCAAGUCUACCCUGAAGGACCAAGACGUCCUCAUCCUUCAGAAGUCAAUGCCAGACAGUCCGCAGAUAGGCGCAUUCUUUACCUGCGUAAUCUAAGGAAACAGAAGAGGAAAUUAAGCAAGCAGUUCAUGAAACCAGCUCCCACUCCCGAACCGGGGCUCCUGUGGCCAUCUUGAUGAGGCUGGUUGUCUAUAUGGAAGAAACCAUGUUCCACACCAAAACACGUGGAGUUUUAACAUCGAGCGGCAUUUCAUGGUUUGACUUCACUGAGGAACCAUCCACCAUUGCCGCAAAAUAAACACAG